AUGCCUGUGGUGGGGGCGCGAAAGACGCUGGCGCACAGGACCGUGCCGUCCUCCCUGCCAGCUCGACUGACCGCUGUCGCUGCCUCGGGUCGCAAGAGGAGCCGAGAGGCGCCAGGUACUGAGGCCGCAACGAUUGAGGCCACAUCGGCCCAAAGUGCCCGGCCGAGACGGCGGCCCUGCAGCGGCCGAGGAAGAGGACCCUUUUUACCUUCUCGGAGGGCAGAGGACGUGGCAAUAGUCGAGGAGGAGGCUACGGCCAAGGUGCCGUAUGUAGAGGAAGCGGUCGCUGCCCAUAUGGUGGUCGAGGAGGUGGGAGCCGCAGAGGCGGCGGUUGAGGAGGCGGUCACUGCCGAGGAAGUGGCUGAGGUGCUGGAUGCUGAGAUUGCGUCCACAAAAGUGCCGCCUGCCGAGGAGACUGCCGAAGAGGCGACCGAAGAGAUCGCCAAGGAAGCCGCUGAAGAGGCCGCUGAGGAGGCUGCCGAAGAGGCCACCGACGAGGGCGGCGAGGAGGCCAUUGAAGAGGUCGCUGAGGAGGCAACUGAAGAGGCCGCCGAAGAGCCUGCUGCGGACGUGCCUGGUGAGCCGUUGCCGUCCGCCCCUCGUCGCCCAAGCGGCAUCUCCUUUCACUCGCCUCCCCAAUCGUCGCUGUCGCUGGCCAUGGUUGCCGCGACCAUGCCUCCUGCGCCGUCGUCCCAGGACUUAACGGUCGUGGCCGAGCCGGUGGAAGCCAGCUCCUCAGAUGAUCUCGAGGAGUUGUACGCCAGCCUUCACGAGGAGGGAGGUAGCUCGGCCUCGGCUCCUUUGGACGAGGAUUCCAAGACCGUCAUUGAACGGCUCCGAGAAUUCCUUCUCCUUGGGGUUCAACAAAUGACCGCUGGCGGAGAAAUUUUGGAGUUCAGGUCUUGCUUGGAUAUGGCCAUGGCACUCGGUCUGCUCGACUUGUCUCAGCUGGAUGAACUGCAAGCCCGCCUAGUUGAAGGCGAGGAAAUGAUUGAUCGGUUCAUAAUUUUCAUUGGGCUUUAG